UCACCAGCGGUCACACUAGAGGAGGCAAGCAGCCUCACAGCACAUUCUGACCCUCACACACAGGCUUGGAGAGAGAGACCGAAUCAGCACCUCACACACAUUGACAGAAACUGCUCGCUCCAGAGCGAGGCCCUCUUUACUCAACCAGCAUCACUAUCUGUCCUCUCUCUCUGACAUGGAGCUCCACAGCCUCCGACACCACCACAGCCACCGGACCGACAACAAGCUCCAGAUGCUGAACCUCAACCAGCGCCUGGAGACCUACCUGGGCCGAGUGAGGCUGCUGGAGGAGGAGAACAAGCUACUAUGCCAGGAGCUCCAGGGCCUGAGGGUCAGUGGCCAGGGGGGGCGGAUGGGCCUGGAAGACAAGCUGAGCCUGGCCAGGCAGGAGGUGGAGGAAGCCUGGAGGGAGAAGGACCGGGUGGAGCUGGAGCUAGGGAGUCUGGGUGAGGAGCUCCAAGUCCUGGGGCUGCAGAGACAGUGGGAGGCGGACGCCCAUGGGGAGGUGAAGAAGAAGCUGGCAGACAGCAGGAAGGAGAUGGAGGAGGAGAAGAGGGCUCAGAUCUGGUUAAGAGAGAAGGUGAGCCAGCUAGAGAAACAAAUCCAGUUCCAGAUACAAACCCACCAGGAAGAUGUUGCUGGCUUCCAGGCUACACUAAUCCAAGUCAGACCUGCCCUGCCAUCCCCUCUACCCCAAACGGGCACCCAGCUUCCCAGCCUCCAGGACCUGGGUGAGGAGUACUCCCAGAUGGCUGUCAGGGCGUGGCAUGAGGCGGCCAUGGUGUUUCAGGGCCAGGUAGACAGCCUGGACGAGUCUCUAAACCAGGCCAGAACCCGGUUGGCCCAGGUGGGCCAGGAGAAAAUUGAGAGCCAGCUGAAACUUCAGGCCCUGGAGAAUGAGCUGCAAUCAGCCCAGGAUAGAAGGCAGUGUCUGGAGAGGAGUGUGGCCAAACAGAGAGACGGGCAGAGGCAAGAGAUACAAAACCUGCAGGCCCAUCUGGAGGUGUUGGAGAUGGAGAAGGGGGAACUGGGAAAUCAGAUUGACGCUCUUCUGACAAAAAGUAGGGGUCUGGUGCAGCUGAAAAUGUCUCUAGGCAUGGAGGUGGCCACAUACAGAGCUUUACUGGACAAUGAAAGUCUGAUGGGGGAUUUCUCUUCAACAAAUCAGCUAAGGAGUACCUACACAUCUGAUGGAGUCCCCAGCUCUCAAGGGGUUAAGCAAAGCUUCCAGACACAGCUGGCUACCAGUCACAUGAUCAGUCCCUUCUUUACCAUCCAUAGAGCAAGCCCACGAUCCAAUGUAACAACGAUGUCCGCAUCACCAAUCUGGACUCAAAACCAGGUAACCCUGAACGAAACACCUGAGAGUUGUCGAAAGACAGAGGAAGAGCAUGUUGACUUUGACUUAGGGUCCACCCGGCAGGUUAUUUGGUCAACGCCUUACCCCAAAGUACCACAGGAUGGAAUUUCAGUCGACCACUUCAGACCCCAAGAUGUCCAUGAAGAAGUCAACUAUGCUGAGCCUCUCUCUCCUCCCACUGAAGAGGCAGAAGCUGAUGUUGUAUCUUGGCUUGGUUCUGACCAUAAGGAACAAUCCAUGUGGGAUUUAGAAAAGGAGGAAGAGGAUCAGAACAUAGUCAGAACCUGGGUUGCUAAAGAGAAACCAGUUCUGGAACCUGCCAUGAGUCACCAGGUUGAGAUCAGCUUCAGUAUGCCAACUGUGUUCCGCACUGAUGCUCAAGAGCUCUACAGCCCUUCAGUGAGCUAUGAGAGAGCAGGUUCAGUGACAGGGGCACAUUCUGCUUUCUCGGCGAAUGAUGAUAAUGAUGUACCUUUUGAAAUGUCUUCUGAAAAGGAGGACCCUCUACUAGAUCUGCCUUACAGUCCCAUGAAUGCAUUGGAGGAAAGACAUCUCAAAACAGCAAGGAAAGACGCUGAAUGGGUGGGGAAAGAAGGCUUGGAGUCUGAAACUAAAUCAGUGCUAGAACCUGCAUUUGAGACCUUCACAAGCAGUCAAGCUUUUGAGUACAACAAGCCAAAAGAGUUCAACCAAGAGGACAAUAUGUCAUACGCAUCUACUCAAUCCUCCCACGGUUCAGAAGAGGCAUUUCACCAUGUUAAAAGAGUGGAGGAAGAUGUUAUUAAUCUCACAAAAGAGGAUGAUGAAAACUACAUGUCUAACAAAGAUGAGGAGCAAUUGGACGAUGAAUUGCGCCCCUAUGGGUAUGGUAAGGAUGAUUGUGAAAGAUUGGCAGGGUUCAAUAAGGAAAAUUGUGUGACAGAAAGAAUCGAUAAGUUCAACCGAGAGGCGAUUAUCUCAUAUGAAUCUGCUCAAGCUUCUCACUGGUCAGAAGAGGUAUUUCACCAUGUUGAAAGACUGGAGGAAGGUGAUAUACAUUUCACAAAAGGGGAUGAUGAAAAUGAUAUGUAUAAUAAACGUGAGGAACAAUAUGCAUUGCACCCCAAUGGGGAUGUAAAUGAUGAAUGGGAUAGAGUGGGAGGAUACAAUGAAGAGAAUGGAAUUAGAGAAAGAAUGGAUGAAGGAAAGGAUCAAGAAGGAAAGGAUCAUAUGAAAGAGGAAGAGAUGUGGAAUAACAGAGAAACCCAACCAAAUCAGUCUGAUCAAGAGCAUAUACCUUCAAAUGUAGAGAAACUGAAUCAAUUUGAGCAAGAGCAUAUACCUUUAGGCAGAGAGAAAUGGAAUAUAUCCGACAAUGACAAAGAGGAUCAUGAUGAGGCAAACUACUGUCAAAAUUCUUCUGUUUCAUGGAGGGCUGAGCUAGAAGGUGACAGCUACGCUCAGGACAACACACUGGCCGACACACACCCCCUGAUCCGUUACAAGAGUGACGAGACGGAUGCCAACACUCAGGCUUCACACAUGGGAGAAAGUGACUCCAGUGAUGGUGAACAGGACAGGGAGGUUUGCCAGACAGGAUCAGGCACCUGGGGCGAAGGCAAGUCCAAACAGUUUGACACCAUGGAGGAUCUGUAUGAAGAGUCAGAAGGGGAUGUCAUAGAUCAGGAACGUAACAUGGGCUCCACUCACCAAGAGGACGUGGAUGCUAGCCAAACAAAGGAGCAUGCUACACAGGAGAACGAUGAGGAGAAUGCAGUAGAUCAGUUGAUUCAGGAGGCAGAAGAGGAACAAUCCUAUGAGGAACUUACAGAACCUGGAGAGUACUCCAUGAUGUGCUCUGAUGAGGACAAUAAUGAAGAAAGAAUUGAUAGAUUGGUGGAGCAAGAGUUAGAGAAUUUAUCUAUAUCCAGUUACAGUGAACACUUUAAUGGGCAGAUGAUUGAGAGCGAGUCAGUACUGAGUCUUCAAACUGUGUCUCACACUGAACUUUCCCAGACACAAGACAUAUUAUACAGUGAGGAGGUAGAGCAGAUACACUCAGUGAGACUGAAUCAAUCUGAACAAGAGCCCUCAGGUGGAGAGGAACUGAAUCAAUCUGAGCCAGAGUAUAUACCCUCAGGUGGAGAGGAAAUGAAUCAAUCUGAGCCAGAGUAUAUACCCUCAGGUGGAGAGGAACUGAAUCAAUCUGAGCCAGAGUAUAUACCCUCAGAGGUUAUGUAUUCAAUGCACUCUAUGAUUCGAAUGACACCUGAACACACAUCUCUUAGAGAAAGUUCAGCAGAAAUAUCCAAAGCAGAAUAUUUGGCUCAAGGUAAGGUCUUCAGUGAGGAACUGGGAACUGAAGCUGUACCAGACAAAAUAGAAGGACAGGAUGACCAGAACCUUUCUAUGCUGACUCAUGAAGACUUUACUGAAAGCCAUUCUAUCCACAGCAGUUUAAACAGCAGGCCUGAGAGUCAAACCACCCUGAACAAUUCGGAUAUAGAAGAGUCCAACAGCACAGAUGAUGAGUCUCCAAAUGCAAGCCAGUAUUUGCAACAUGCCAACGAAGCAAAUCUAACUCCAGAUCAGGUAGACUUGUUAGAUGUGGCAGUCUCUCACUAUGAGGAUUGCAAUGCUCUUAUAGAACAUUCUGCAGAGGAGGUCACUAGCUAUCAGGCAAGUCAUGAAUGUCUUCAGACAGACAAAUGGGAAGUCUUAGAAAGUCCAAACAAACACCUGGAAUCUGGAGAUCCUUUUGCAGGUCACAAGAGAGACUCGGAGAGAUCAUCCAAAACUGACAGCAAAGGCCGGGACCUCCACAGCUUCCUCAGCUCUGGUGUACACAGCAACUUCUGGGGUUCCAAUCUGGAAACAGGAGCCUCCUAUCAACCGGACGAGCCAUAUGACCAUGUGACCAAGCUACCCAAUCAGAACCUAGCCUUGGCUGAUAACCUAUCCUGGGUGGAUUUGGAAUCCACAGGCGGCCAAUUGGAACAUAAAGAUGGACAGUGACACACCUAAAGCUUCCACCCUUGAAGAAGAGAACAAACAGAUGCCCUCACAGGUGAAGCAGCUGGUGUGUAGAUAUGUAGUAGAGG